GUCAGCGGGCGCGGCGGAGGGCUGGCCGGCCUCGGGGGAGUUUCCGCGGCCGCCGGGGGCGCGGCGGCAGAGCGCGAGGCCGGGCAGGGGGCCAGACUCGGAGCCGAGGCGCGCCCGACAGCCGCAGCGCUCAUGGCGGGCGGGGGAGCCGGGGACCCCGGCCUGGGGUCGGCCGCCGCCCCAGCGCCCGAGACCCGCGAGCACCUCUUCAAGGUGCUGGUGAUCGGCGAGCUUGGCGUGGGCAAGACCAGCAUCAUCAAGCGCUACGUCCACCAGCUCUUCUCCCAGCACUACCGGGCCACCAUCGGGGUGGACUUCGCCCUCAAGGUCCUCAACUGGGACAGCAGGACUCUGGUGCGCCUGCAGCUGUGGGACAUCGCGGGGCAGGAGCGAUUUGGCAACAUGACCCGAGUAUACUACAAGGAAGCUGUUGGUGCUUUUGUAGUCUUUGAUAUAUCAAGAAGUUCCACUUUUGAGGCAGUCUUAAAAUGGAAAAGUGAUCUGGAUAGUAAAGUUCAUCUUCCAAAUGGCAGCCCUAUCCCUGCUGUCCUCUUGGCUAACAAAUGUGACCAGAACAAGGACAGUAGCCAGAGUCCUUCCCAGGUGGACCAAUUCUGCAAAGAACAUGGCUUUGCUGGAUGGUUUGAAACCUCUGCAAAGUCUAGUGACCGGACACGGUGGCUCAUGCCUGUAAUCCUAGCAGUCUGGGAGGCCGAGGCGGACGGAUCGGGCAGAUCGCUUGAACUGGGAGUUCGAGACCAGCCUGGGCAACGUGGCAAAACCCCGUCUCUACCAAAAAUACACAAAGUAGCUGAGCAUGGUGGUGCAUGCCUGUGGUCCUAGCUUCUCGGGAGGCUGAGGCGGGAGGAUCACUUGAGUCUGGGAGGCAGAGGUUGCAGUGAGCCGAGAUCAUGCCACUGCACUCCAGCCUGGGUGACAAAGUGAGACCCCAUCUCAAAAAAAAAAAAAAAAAACUUAACAGUCUAGAUAUAGAAAAAAGGUGAAAAUUAUACAUAUAUAAAAUGUUUGGGGGGGAGUUACGUGCAUUGGAAGUUUCACAUAAGGGGGUUAGUGACAAUCAGAUUUAUGUAAGAAUGAUGAAAUGUUUGAAAAAUUCUAUGAUGACAGAUAAACAUUAUACCAUAAAUUUAUUGAAAUCAUAAUACAGUUCUAGCUUUUAGUUUA